GGUCAGGGGAAGACAAGGGCUUCCUGUGCUGCUGCUCACUCGCUCCGUUGCUAGCUGGCACCAGUCCUGGCUGUGCAGGGUCCCAAGCUCAUCCCCUACAAAUGGCCCAGCCCCCUGAGGGCAUCUCCUAUGAGCUGCAGGAUGAGAUCACCAGGUUUCUGUGGCCAAAGGAAGUCAAACUGCUGCUGAUUAUCCAGAUGUAUGAGAGAGAAGGACAUGAAGAGAGAGAGCGGGUGCUGGCACUGCUACCCUGGAGAGCCUACUUACUUCACACCUCCCUCCCGCUUCGGGUGGACUGCACAUUCAGUUACCUGGAAGUGAAGGAGAUGGUUCUUCAGGAGAUCCCCCCCCAGGUGAUAAUCGAGCUGGAACUGCUGCCCAAGCUGACGAUGAAACUUCCUGCUCUUGGGGCCCUGGAGCAGUUGGCCUUACACAUGGCUAUGUCCAUCCGGAAAGUCUUCCCGGAGACUUCACCCAGGAAGCUGUUCCGGAAGUCUCCCUCAGCCCUGCUGGCCCGACUGGAGAAACGAAGUAGCUCCCUGGAGGAGGUGACACUAGGCAGCCUUGGUCCCUGUGGAGGAUUCUCUGAGACCUAUGCAGCUCUGUGUGACUAUAAUGGGUUCCCAUUCCGGGAGGAGAUCCAAUGGGAUGUGGACAAUAUCUACCACAGCCAAGACUGUCGGAACUUCAGCCUAAGAGAUUUCAGUCAUCUGCACAGCCGGGAUGUGGCCAUAAGUGUAGCUGCCUUGUCCUACAACCUCUGGUUCAGCCGCCUCUCCUGCUCUGACCUCAAGCUGAGCCUGGAGGUGUCUGAGCAGAUCCUCUACAUGCUGAGCAAGUCGUCCCGGCUGGAAGAGCUGGUUCUGGACAACUGCGGUCUGAAGGGGGACUUUGCGCAGCGCUUGGCUCAGUCCCUGGCGGAGCAUCCCCGUUCGGCCCUCAGUGCGCUCAGCCUGGCAGGGAACCCGUUGGAGGACCGAGGAGUGACAGCGCUCAGCCGCCACUUGGAAAAGCGUCCUCGAGCUCUGACAAGACUCAACCUUUCCCGGACAGGGCUGACAGCCAGAGGGAUGAGUACCCUGGGCCAGGCCCUACUCACCAACUCUGUCUUUGCUUCCUCCCUAACCCACUUGGACCUCUCUGGGAAUCCUGGGGCUCUGGGGAUAACAGAGGAUGAAGGGGGUCUCUACAGUUUCCUGAGUCAUCCCAAUGCUGUGACCCACCUAAACCUCUCCGGGACUGACAGUGCCCUGGACAUUCUGUUCCGGGCGCUGUCUCGAGGUUGCUGUGCCAACCUUGUUCAUCUCAACGCUUCCAACAACAUCUUCUCCCACACAAGGAGCCGGGCAGUGCCCUCCUCGCUGCAGUCAUUCUUCAGCCAGGCGAGGUCACUUCACCAUGUGGCUUUGGCAGGGACCAAGUUGCCUUCAGAGGCUCUCAGGAGUCUUCUUCAAGGCCUGGCUCUCAAUACUCAACUCAGCGACAUCUACUUGGACCUCAACACGUGUGAGCUUCGUUCAGCUGGUGCUCAAGUGAUUCAAGACCUCAUCUUUGACAUCAAUUCAGUGAGGGCCCUGGAUUUGUCUGACAAUGGUUUUGACACAGACAUGGUAACCUUGGUGUUGGCCAUUGGGAGGAGCAAGUCCAUCCGACAUGUGGCUCUGGGGAAGAACUUCAACAUCAAAUCAAAGGAGUCCCUUGGAGAUGUGCUACACCGAAUUGUCCAGCUCACCCAGGACGAUGACUGUCCCCUACAGUCUCUCUCUGUGGCCGAGUCAAGGCUGAAACUGGGCACCAGUGUUCUGCUGAAUGCCCUGGGCAGCAACCCUAGCCUGACGUCAUUGGACAUCAGUGGCAAUGCCAUGGGGGACACAGGUGCCAAGAUGUUGGCUAAGGCCCUGCAGAUCAACACCCAGCUCAGGACUGUGAUCUGGGACCGAAACAACACCACAGCUCAAGGGUUCCUGGAUGUGGCUCAUGCCCUCGAGGGGAACCACACCCUGAAAAACAUGCCCCUGCCUCUGAGUGACCUGACCCAGGCCUACCGAAGCAACCCAGAGCGAACCUCUGCUGCGAUACACCAGAUCCAGGCCUAUCUCUUGAGGAAUAAUCACACACACAGAACCCUCCCUGACCACGCCUUCCGCCUGCAGCAGGGAAUUGUCACCCGAUCUUCUGAACAGAUGGUGAAUGAAAUGUGCCUGACAGUGCAGGAGCACAUGGAGCUGCUGGGCUGCUGGCCCAGCCCUCGGGGUGAGGCUGCCCUGCGCCAGGCUGAGGAAGCUAUCCGUGAUGCUAAUUUUUCCAUCAGUAUCCUGCCUGUGCUAUAUGAGGCUGGAAACUCCCCAUAUCACAACAGCCAGCUGCAGCAGAAACUAGAGGUCCUCCUGGAGGAGGUGGGCCAGGCCUGUCACCAGGAGAUCCAGUCUUUUGUGCAAGCCACGCUGGACACAGUUCAGAACCUGUGCCCGAGGGUGAUGCAGAAGGCUGGCCGACGGGAGCAGCUGAGUAGUGCUAUCUCGGGCCAGGUCAGCCGGCAGGACCACCUGGGCCUCAGCCUACUCUUGGAGCAGCUUCUCAAUGAUGCCUUCAGCAAACUCAAUGAGAUCCGACUGUCUAUCACAGCAGCUGCUGCAGAGCGAAUCAUUGCCCAGGUAGUAGAGGACCUGAGUGCUGCCCAGAACCGAUUGGUGGAAAGCUUGUCCCAGCACACACCAGAAGCACCCCCUUCCCCACUUCUCACAGACUGUGCUGAAGCAGGGGCCAGGAAGAGUGGGAUUCUACUACAUAGGGGAGACAGAAGUCCUGGAGAGGGGGAGAUAGAAGGCCUCUCUACCCUGGGGGAGGACAAGGUGGCCCAGUGGAGAAGAAAUAAACACAAUCAGAGCAUCCGGCCUACCCCUGCUGUCCGAAGUCCCUCGGAGGAGCCGGAGCUGGAGCCAGAGCCGGAGUCGGAGCCGGAGCCGGAGCCCGAGCUGGCGGCUCAGGGAGAGGAUGCAGAACCCGGCGGGCAGCGGGCGGGGCCGUCACUUAGCAGCAGCGCCCCAGUCUCGUCCCAGCCUGGCCCGGUCCCGACCCCGCUCCCCGCAGUCCCUGUGCUCUACAUGGACCUGCCGCUUGCCAGCCAGCCGCUGGACCACCCCACUCGGGCCCGGCCAAGGCCCUGCCGCCGUCACCACCAACCGCCCAGCAAGGUCCAGGUGCCUCCCGCUGUGCCUGAGGAGGAGAACAGGCUGAAUGCCCGGGUGGAUGAAGGUGUCGAUGAGUUCUUCUCCAAGAGACUGAUACACCAAGAGAGACUGUGGUCCCCUCAGGAUGCAGUCCCUGAACCUGGGACCCCUGUCAGCUCCCGAACACUCCGGAAAAAGCUGGGCACCCUUUUUGCCUUCAAAAAGCCACGGUCAACUCGGGGGUCUAGGGCUGAGCCUGACACCAGUCCUGGAGCUCCUCCCCGAACCCGAAAAGCCGCAUUCAGUGACCUUCUGCGUCCACCCAGCCGGCCUGGCCGAGCAGAGGAACCUGGAGUCGAAGGGAGUUUGGAGGGAGUGCCCAGCUGCUCCCCAGAUCCCGCCCGUAGGAGUCGGCCUCGUUACGCGAGAGAAGGCAAAGCUCAUUCUAUGAUCCUGCUUUCUGCAGAUGAGGAAGAGGCCCUCGGUGGGCGGCAGGAGAAGCGCCGACCAUUGGAGCGAGGAGACACAGAGAUGCCUCCAUCCUUCGAGCAGCGAGUGCACGUCAUGCUGCAGCGAAUUGGUGUGGGAAGGGGUGGUGGAGGUGACAGCAAGAGGAAGCAGAGCAAAGAUGGGGAGAUAAAGAAGGCCGGCUCGGAUGGAGACAUCAUGGACAGCUCCACUGAGUCACCGCCCCUCUCCCUCAAGUCCAGAACACACUCAGUGUCUGCAGACUCAUCAUGCCGUCCAGGACCAGGAGGCCGGGGGCCUGAGCCUGUGGCCUGGAAGGCCCUGGGCCGGCAGCUGAAUGCAGAGCUCAGAGGGAAGGGCUGGGACCGACCAGGACCCCGGACACCCUCCCCUAACCUUCUUCAACCUGAGCCCAGCUUCCCAAGCCCCUGUCCCAGUCCCAUCCCAUCCCCUCGGCUGUCCCCCCGAAGAGCCAGCAAUGCUGGGAAUUGCCAGCUCACCCAGGGCACUACCCUGACCAGGAGUGAAGACAAUCACCUGAAGCCCCGAGCUGUCUUGGCCACCCGAAGAGCUGUAUCUGUGCACGAGGAACAGCUCCAGGCCCCAGCAGCAGCCACAUCUCCCAUCAGAGACCUGCCCCUGCGGCUACAUCGCUCUCCUGUCCUCAAACGUCGUCCCCGGGUUGAAGACCCCUCAUCAUCACCGAGUCUGGGGUCAGCCAUGAGCCCAGAGCCCCAGCUGCUGCUGCCACCAGACGAGCUGCCCCCAGAGGUGCCUGCCGGCCUGGAGUCCAUCCCCUCGACUACCCCUUCCCCAGCCACAGACCAAAGAGUGGGCAGCCAAGCCCCUGCCACCCCCAGCCCCUGACCUAAUCCUCCACCCUCACACCUUCGGCCGCAUGAGAUUAUUUUAUUAAAAAACUCAAACCUCA